GAAGAAGAAGAAGUCGAGCAUGGCGGUGCCUCAGUUUCUGUCCACAGCUGCAGAGUUGAUGAAGCAAGGGGCAGAAGCCCGUGUGUACCGGACUUGUUUUCUAGGAAAACCGACCGUGGUUAAAGAAAGGUUCCUCAAAGGGUACAGACACCCGGAGCUGGACGAGAAACUGACGCACCGCCGGACGGUUCAGGAGGUCCGGUCCAUUCUGCGCUGUCGGAGGGCGGGCAUCUCGGCUCCAAUCGUUUACUUUGUGGACUACGCCGCUCACUGUAUUUUCAUGGAAGAGGUUUUGGGUUCUUUAACAGUGCGCGAUCACAUCGCCUCCGCUCAACAGUCUGGCUCCUGCAAGGAGCAGGAGAUGCAGCGACUGGCUCGGCGUAUCGGCCAGAUUUUAGCUAAGAUGCACGAUGAAGACGUCAUUCAUGGAGACCUGACCACCUCCAACAUGCUACUGAGUUGCAGCCUGGACAACGUGGAGCCCAACCUUGUCCUCAUCGACUUCGGCCUGAGUUACAUCUCGGCCCUGCCGGAGGAUAAGGGGGUGGAUUUGUUCGUUCUAGAGAAGGCUUUCCUCAGUACUCACCCCAGCACAGAGCUGCUGUUUGAGGUGCUGCUGAAGAGUUACAGCGCCUCAUCCAAAAAGUCUGCAGCCGUUAUCAAAAAACUUAACGAAGUUAGGCUGAGGGGGAGGAAGAGGUCCAUGGUGGGAUGAUUAGAUGCUCCUCUGAGGUUUCUGUGGCAGACUUCUGAUGUUAAUAAAAUAAAAUGGCAUUUUAAAA